CUGAUGUGCAGUUUUGGACGUGGUUUUGUUUAGUACGUAUUUCCUGUCAGAUGAUUUGGGGAGUGGCAGCAGGUUAUAUUCAGCGUGUCUGGUUAUUUCAGUAAAACUCUGGGACUUUAGAUUAAACAUUUUAUCUACUUUUGCUUCCUAACAAAACAAUGCCUUUGUUAUGCGGAGGGACCACUGAGGAGAAGGAGGCCAAUGAAGAAGUGCAGAAAAUCUGUGAUGAGAUGAAGUCACAUGCAGAGGAAAAAGCUGGAAGGACAUUUCAUGUCUUUACUGCUAAAUCUUACAAGACACAGUUGGUAGCUGGGACGAAUUUCUUCAUCAAGGUCCAUGUAGGUGGUGAGGAGUUUGCUCACGUUCGUGUCUAUAAGACGUUGCCACAUGCUGGAGGAAAACUGGAACUUCAUGGAAUACAGACCCCCAAAGCCCAUCAUGACCCCAUUGAAUACUUCUAAGACAGAAAUAUUUACUGUACUGCAAUGAUACAGUAAUAACGCUUACAAACAGGGCAGUUAUUGAAAUUGUGUUACAUAUGGAAUAUCACCUGCUUAAAGCUGACAAAGUUGUAUUUUCUAAACUGACAAGAAAUUAGAAGCUUCUUCAAUUGAAUAAAAAUGCCAAUAUUAAA